CCCCCCUCACAAAUUCAUUGACGACGAAGUUAAACGCUCUUCAAUACGUGUGUACAUCUCUACAAAACUCUUUAAAAAAAACACUCACACACAUUAUUAAAUUCAAGAAUCUGAGUGAUUAAGCGACUGACUCAGUGAACACACACACACAGAUGGCAGAUGAAGAUAAUUCACCUGAGUUCACAUUGGAUGAGAUGAUCGAAAUGGAGAGCUUACUAAACGAAAUCGGAGAGAAAACGACCGGAGAUGAGUUCUGUCGGGAGCUUUCCAUUAAAUUUAAUGGCUGCAUUAACCGUGCUGAAAAACCGCGUAUAGAUUGGGAACAGUUGCAGAGAUGGUUCCGCGGUAAACUAACAAACGCAGCAGUUGUAGUCGUUCGGUUUAAGCCCAACAAAGGAAGUGUUGGUUCAAAGACUGCUGUAUUGAGAAAGAGGAGUAAAGUGCCAACAAUCCCUGCUAGUGAAGCAGCUGUUGAGCUCCAAACCUUGAUUUUCGAAGCUAGAUCAGCUAAGGAUUCUGCUUGGUUUGAUGUGGCUUCCUUCCUGAGCUUCAGAGUCACGUACUCGGGCGAUCUGUUUGUUCGUGUGAGAUUUGCUGGCUUCGGAAAAGAGGAAGACGAAUGGGUGAGCGUUAGCAAGGCAGUACGCGAACGCUCAAUCCCUUUGGAACAUUCCGAAUGCGACAAAGUCAGUGUUGGAGAUCUCGUUCUCUGCUUCCGGGAAGCCGAGGAUCAUGCGCUCUACUGUGACGCACGCGUUGUGGAAGUCAAGAGGAUGGUUCACGACAGCAGCCAAUGCUCGUGCAUUUUCACAGUCCGUUGGGAUGAUGAUGGUCUUGAGGGGAAGGUUCCGGCGGAGAAACUGUGUUACAGGCCAAGGACACGGGCGGCUAAAGAUGGCGAGGAUCGGAAGCUGGUGCCAUUGCAGCUCAGCGUGGCUCAGGGCUUGCUGCAGCUGUUAUGAGCCGUCAUGCGGUCGGGUUUCCGACAGUAUAUUUUGAUGAAAUGAAGGUUUUUAGA